AUGUCAGAUAAAGAUUUUUCAUUGGUAGGAAAAAUUUUAAAUGAUGAAAUUUUAACAGAAAAAUCAAAAUUAAAUUCUGAAACAAAUAAAAUACCAAUAAUUGUUGUUUCUCAUGAUGUUGUUGCCAAAAAAGCAAGUAUGGUUUCUGAAAAAAAAAUGAUUCCACAUAGACCAGUUAGAGUUAACAAACCUAAACCUGUAACAAAUGGUAGAAGACUUCGAAGACAAACAAGAAGACCACUUCGUAGACCAGCAGUAACAACAACUCGUAGACCACCAGGAACAGCAAAUAAUCAACAAGCUCUUAUUCAACAACUUAGAAAAAGAAUUGAAGUUUUAGAGGAACAAAGAAGAAUUAAUGCAUUAAUAAGACAAGAAAAUUUAAAACAAGAAAGGCAAAAUUUUGUAGCUAAUCAAGUACAAAGAAGACAAUUAAGACAAAAAAGAUUACAACAAAUGCGAGAAAAUAGAAUGAAAAAUACAAAAUUACGUAGACAACAAUUAGAAGCAACAGUACAAGAAUUAGUAGAAAGAGCAAGAGAAGAAGAAAGAUCAUUGUUUUAUGAAUUAACAACUACAACAGCAGCAACUACAACAGCUGCAGCAACAACAACUGCAGCAACAACAGCAGCACCAACAACUCCUUAA